AUGGGAGAGAAGAAAGAAAAAGACACAGACAAACUAUCAUCCGUAGACAUCUGGAAGCAGGUGUCACAGCACCUAUCGGACAAGAAGUCUGAGGAGACAUCGAAGAAUACCAUAGAAAACUUGAAUUUUGAGCACUACAGGGAGAGUGUUGAGGAAGUGACGAGAAUCAGGAGCCAGGAGACGAAUGGGCCUGGAUUCGGCAGAAGCAGCGUAGUGGACUUCCUGAAUCCGCCUGAUAAGUUCAGGAACUGCGAGCUGGAAAACAGCUACAAAAACAAGCCAAUAUUUUCAGUUCUGAAGGGGAGGAAGGA